AUGGAGACGAAACAAAGUAAGAGUAUUCCUCUCCUCACACCCUAUAAGAUGGGACCUUUCAAUUUUUCUCACAGGGUUAUUCUAGCGCCAAUGACAAGACAGAGAGCGUAUGGUUACAUUGCUCAGCCUCAUGCCAAGUUAUAUUACACUCAAAGAACAACACCUGGUGGUUUUCUUAUUUCUGAAGCUUGUUCAGUGUCCGACACAACAAAGGACACAACAAAGGGCUAUCCGGCUAUACCUGGAUUAUGGACCAGAGAGCAAGUGGAAGCAUGGAAGCCCAUUGUCGAUGCGGUUCAUGCCAAAGGUGGCAUCUUCUUCAGCCAGAUUUGGCACGGUGGCAGGGUCUUUCAUUCUUUAGACCAGACAAAUGGGGAAGCUCCCGUCUCCUCUACAGACAAGCCAUUGACGUGUAAUAACAUGUAUGGAGGUCAGUUUACCCCUCCAAGGCGGUUAAAAACUGACGAGAUCCCUGCCAUUGUCAACGACUUUAAAAUUGCUGCAAGAAAUGCAAUGGAAGCUGGUAAGCCAAGUCUUUUUCCUCCUUUGGAUGCAUAA